CCAGACGAGGGCUGGCGGUGGCGGCGGCGGGCGGACGCGAGGGCGGCGCCGGGGCUCCUGGGCCGGCUGCCCGUGCUGCCCGUGGCGGCGGCGGCCGAGCUGCCCGCGGUGCCCGCGAAGCCCGGGACCCCGGCGGGCGGCGGCCCCGGCGAGCUGGCCAAGUACGGGCUGCCGGGGCUGGCGCAGCUCAAGAGCCGCGAGUCGUACGUGCUGUGCUACGACCCGCGCACCCGCUGCGCGCUCUGGGUGGUCGAGCAGCUGCGGCCCGAGCGGCUCUGCGGCGACGGCGACCGCCGCUCGUGCGACUUCCGCGAGGACGACUCGGUGCAUGCGUACCACCGCGCCACCAACGCCGACUACCGCGGCAGCGGCUUCGACCGCGGCCACCUCGCCGCCGCCGCCAACCACCGCUGGAGCCAGAAGGCCAUGGACGACACCUUCUACCUGAGCAACGUCGCGCCCCAGGUGCCCCACCUCAACCAGAAUGCUUGGAACAACCUGGAAAAGUACAGCCGCAGCUUGACCCGCACCUACCAAAAUGUCUAUGUGUGCACAGGGCCGCUCUUCCUGCCCAGGACGGAGGCUGACGGGAAGUCCUAUGUGAAGUAUCAGGUCAUCGGGAAGAACCACGUGGCGGUGCCCACCCACUUCUUCAAGGUGCUGAUCCUGGAGGCCGCAGGCGGGCAAAUCGAACUCCGCUCCUAUGUGAUGCCCAACGCUCCUGUGGACGAGGCGGUUCCGCUGGAGCGCUUCCUGGUGCCCAUCGAGAGCAUUGAGCGGGCUUCGGGGCUGCUCUUCGUGCCAAAUAUUCUGGCACGGGCAGGCAGCCUAAAGGCCGUCACUGCAGGCAGCAAGUGAAGGCCACAGCCCUGCCAGACUGCGGGGGUGGGGCUGCAUUAAAGGUGGUGAUUUCUGGA